AUGGACUCUCUGUCCGUUGGGCCUGCUGAAGCAUCUGUCACUGGCCGCAGAAGGACAUCUUCUGCACAGAGUACCGGUUUUGAGUACCCUACUAAUUGUCGUGUUGAGGAAGAUAUCCUCUCUCGAAUUCGUGCACUCGUUCUAUCCCGCAAUACAAGCCGUCCACCUCGAACUCCUCAUCCAUCCGACGAGCGUAACCCUCCACGAUACGAGAAUCGAGCCUUUGGAAGCCUCGACGAAUAUAUCACUCCCCAAAAGACCGCCCGAGGGGCACGAUCCGAGUCUGGGUUCCUCAGCGUGGAGCCACAAGCCCGCGACUUUCAGAGCUCUGACGGUAGUAUGGAUUUCGACAUCACACGCAUCCAAAUAUCUCGACAAAACUCCAGCCCUAGUGUGUCUACAAAUAAACGUACGACCAGACUACGAGGCUCGAGCUCUGCAAACGAUCUUCGUAUAGACGGCGGUGCUGCGGAUAUUGAUCCUUACAUCGAUUCAAAACUACUCGAAACAACAUCUACGCAGAAGCGGAAGUAUUUUCGACUUCCUAAGUUAGUAGUGCGAGAUAUCAAGGAGCCUGCUAAAACCAGCAAUUCCAGAAUUGCAGUCAAGACCUGUCUUCCUAUCAAUACCACAUACCAAAAGGUUCCUACGGAAGACACUUCUGACCAAGAUCUCAAUUCACCUUGUCCGCACUGUGAGCAGUCAAUCAACACUGAAUGCCCGGUACUUGCGGUAGCCGACGCAAGCUUAUCCAGAUUCUCUACACUUCCUCAGUCUCCUCCAGAGGAAGUAAAAGGCCAACCAGAGAUUGCUUGUUCCCCGACGUGUCCUCCAAACUGCAAAGAACAUUACAUUUAUCACCCGCUUCCCGCUACUCUCCUGCUGCUGCAAGAUGAAUUCAAAAUUGAUAUAAGAAUGGCCGAAGAAGAUAGAACCGAUCUUGACCUUCCGCUCAAUGACAUUGAUGACCAACAAUCAUUGAGGCAAUCCUUGAGCUCCAAGCCCAAGUCAUGUGGUCCUCGUGCCCAAGAUAUCAUGAAGUCGGAAUCCUCCUUCAGAACAGCGACCAUAACAAAUCCACGAGAUACUGAAGGGUCCCCACCCCCAACCCGAGGAAGUAGUGUCAGCUCAAUUGAUACCUUUCCUCAUGUUUUGACCAGUGAGAUGGCACUUGAUGAAGUCGUUUCUCGACCACUUUCUUCAGCAGUCGUCACCAAUUUCAGCUUGCCGGGACCUAAAGCCAAAGCUACGUUUUCGUUAUCCAAGGAUGAGGCGCGACCAGCUGUACCUAGGCGAGGUCGGUCUCAUUCGAUUGGAUCUAAUCGAGCUAAACCCCAAACACCAUCAUUACUUUCCGGAGCAUCCAGAACCUCUGUUCGCCACUCUCUACUCAAAUCUUCUGGCGCCACAGGUACGCCUAUAGAUACUGGACUACCAGUCCCACCUGUUUUGACGUCUGUAAUAUUAGUAUCCAACAGCACGACAGAAAAGGAUGUCACGCCGAGCCAGGUCGUCACGCCCAACCAGAUUGUCACGCCGAGUCAGAUUGUCACGCCGAGUCAGAUUGCCACGCCAAGCCUGGGCACAAAAAUACCACUAGAGCCAAUAUUGGCCGAUCUCGCUGCGGCAGCUGCGGCAACCGAGCUCUCUACGCCGAAUUCUGUGUAUGAUAAGGAGUGGCUUGCAAACCGACCUUAUAAUCUAUCGCGAGACAAGCUCGUUAUAGAAGAGAUAUCGCCUUCGUGUAUCAAGCUAGGCUAUAUUGACAAGUCAAGCCCAUCAGUUCCAUUACUGACUGCGGUCGUAACUGUUCCUAGAAGGCCACAAGCAGCUCAAAGCCCUGGCGACUCGUCUGAUAUUAAACCUAGUAUUCCUGAACGCAAUAAAGCUCGUUUGAAAACCCCGACCGAUCAGAAGUCUGUGGAAGAAAUACAGCGGCAAGAUGCCACGGAGGCUUUUCCACCUGUCGAUCCUCUCAAUGCAUCCUAUUGGGGCUUUGUACCUGCAGUCAAAGACGCUGUUCAAGAUGCGGUCAAGGUCGCUGUCCGUAAUGCCGUGCAGGAUAUAGUCGUACCACCUGGAAUUGAAAAGGCCGAGGCAACUGAUGCAUAUAGAAUACUUGUUGCUAAUUCCUUAGCUGAAGCAGCCAAAACUGCCGAUGAAUAUCUGCGGCGGGACUCUUUGUGGACUCAGGCACCAGAAUCGGCACCAGAGUCUUACUUUGAUGACAUGGCAGCUCAGAUAUCAAGAAUCGAUUUUUCUCCUACCCAGGAGGAGAAAUUGAACCCAAGUUCAGAUAAAACUAAAUCUCAAGGUCUUUCAACGAACCCUGGUGAAAUGGAAGAAAUCCCUCUAAGCUCAACUAGCGGAAAUAGAAGACAGGAAUCUUCAAAAGCUACCACCACUAUCUACGAUGCUAUUCCUGCACGGGAUUCUUCGAAGAAACGCGUUCCGAAAUCUGAAAGCAGAAACGCAAAUUCGUCUGCUAUCUUUUCUCAAAGAGACUCUACUAAUCGACGUGGAUCUAGAGAAGGCUUGAUGUCUGUUGCUGACUCUGCUACAAACACUACGUUGGACGACAGGACAACGAACGGGAGAAACACUGUUCAUUGGCUCAAAGAACUACUGAGCAGUAAUGAUGCAUAUGCACCUAGACUGACCGCCUUACCACCACGGUCUCGACGCGCCGAAGCUCUGAGUGGGUCUAGCGGACGUCAAAGAUCGUUCACAGCACCAACAGUGCCGGUAGACGAGCUUUUCCUUGGAGCUACACCCAGCCCCCUCGAGACGAAGCCAAAACUUACUUUUGCUGAUCCGAAUGACAAUGGGGCAGCUGUUGCAGCAACCUUUACAAAGACUAUCAAUGAUCUUGAAAAACUUCUCAACGAAGCACUAUUCAUUGCGAGACAAGCUGCAGAGAAAGACGAUGAUAAUAGUGUCCCAAACCUUCUCAGUAACGCAGCUGCAAUUUUAAAAGGCGGUCGCAAAUUCAUGGACAAAGGGAGGUCUUCUGGUCCUCAAAAAAGUCAAAGAAAGCCUAGAGCCGAAGUAAUGUCAAGCGUUGAAAGUAUUCCGAGUGUUCACGAAAGUGCUCGAAGUUAUUCUGGUACAAGUACCGAAGGCAACACCGAUGAUGACGAAUUUACCGAAGAUGAAAAUAUGCGCCAGGCCCCUAUCGCUGAUGUUGUGGUUAAGGAGCAACCGGAAAGGCUGAAGAAAACGGAGACACUCGAUACCCUUGACAUGCCUGAUCAGACUUUUAGAGGCCGCGAGCGAAGCACUACUUGGGAUAGUGGUAGAGCCUUACAUGCCUUGGAUCUUUCAGGUAGUCCCAAAAGACAGCAACCACUGACACAGCGUCUCAGUAUGCCAAGACAAAGUACUGCGGGGGUUUCGCCAUCAUCUGAGUCAAAUAGGUUCGAUCUCCCGGGCCGUCCAAGUAACAGCAAUCUUGAGAAGCCAUCAAGAACCACUACAUCUGGCGGGUUUGGCUGGCAAGACAUUUCUGAGCGCCCUACGGUCUACCAAUCUCCUAGUCUUAUGCGAUCCCAGAGUGGUGAAGAAAUGCGUCCCGGAAGACAACUUUACGAAGAGGACGCAACCACACUUGCAAAACUUCCCGUCACUGCACUACGUGGCAAAUCUUCAGUGUCAAACAGUCUUGAUGGCUCGCAUCCCUCUGAGACUGUUGAUUUCCAGACAGGAUUUCAUCAUGAGUACAUUAUGCAACAUGUUGAAGGAAAGGGUGGACCAAUUCGAAGCCAACCGCGAAGUCGAUUGAGAAGUCGAGCUCAGUCCCAGUUUCGACAGGCUGCACAAGGUGGCGAGGGUGGUGAAAGUACAGAGGACAGAGAUAAAGUGAAGGAAUUACGAGAAAAGCGCCCCGCUUUAGAUCGAGAAGGUUCAAACCGUUCAAUGAACAUAAACACGAAUUUGAGCCACCAUUUUUUCAAUCUCCAAGGCAAAAGGCACGUAAGUCUAAAAGAUCAUAAAGGUUUCAGUCUCGCUAGAACCCACAAGCGAAAACCUAUUGCCAGAGAUUGGUCUUCUUCUCGGAAGAGGUUCACGGCUGUCAUCACGUGCCUCAGUACGUUCCUCGUUGGUCUUGUGAUUGGCAUCUAUGCUGGCGAGGUUCCUUCAAUCCAAUAUUUGAUUGUGGAUUUGCACCAUUUCACAGUUCUUGGGAAUGUUUUCUUUUUCAUAGGUCUUGCCAUUCCGACCACAUUCUUUUGGCCACUUCCACUUUUGCAUGGUCGAAAACCAUAUAUUCUUGGUUCAAUGUCACUCGCUAUGCCACUACUAUUCCCUCAGGCUCUGGCUGUCGGUGCGACUCGAAAUCCAAAAUUGGCUGGUUGGAGAAUCGGACUACUUCUUUCACGGGCAUUCAUGGGCUUUGCACUUGGUUUUGCUAACAUGAACUUUUUGUCUACUCUGAUGGAUCUCUUUGGUGCUUCACUGCAAAGUGCGAAUCCUCAUCAAGAAUAUGUUGAUGAAAGUGAUGUCAGACGUCAUGGAGGCGGCAUGGGUCUUUGGCUAGGUAUAUGGACCUGGUGUUAUGUUGGGUCUAUCGGUGUUGGAUUCUUGCUCGGUGCAAUCAUUAUCGACUUUUUGACGCCUGCUUGGGGCUUCUAUAUUAGUAUUGCAAUUCUUGCUCUGGUCUUGGUUCUAAAUGUCGUUGCUCCUGAAGUUCGACGUUCUGCUUUUAGAAGGUCUGUUGCCGAAGUCAGAAAAGACGAUCAGGUGUCCAGAAGGCUGGCCAAGGGCGAGGUUAAAAUGCAUAGAGUUCAUACGGGACCAAAAUGCCGGGAUUUCUGGUUCUGGCAUUUUAUCAGGCGUGGAUUUACGCUUCUCGGUUCAUUGACUUCAAAAUAUUACAAGUUCAAAUCUCCAUAUGUUGGCGCAAGCGUGGCUUCAAUUCCGCUCGGUGCACUUCUCUCGAUUCCAUUUCAAAAAGCAGGAAUCUUCAGUCGAGAACGUAAAGAAGGAAUUGAAAGUGACGAUGAUACGUUGAAGAAAAAGAAGGUCUCUCUAUCGUCUCAUUUCGUUCGACGCUCGAUUUUUGUUAUACUUCUUCCAUUCAUGGGCCUAGCUUAUACACUUUCAUCCACCGGGCCACCAGUUCCAUUCAUAUUACCCAUCAUCUGGGCUGCUGCGAUCGGUUUCCUUUCGAACCUCGCAGUUGCCGAAUGUAAUGGUAUCAUUAUGGAAACUUUUGAUACUUCAGAUCUUCAACCAGGUAUGACGGGGCGUCCGAGAAGCGGCAGUAAAUCCGGCAAAGUAACGAAUUACUCUUGUUUCCCGCGCGUGUGCGCUGCUUUCGGUAUUACGCAAGGUAUGGGAUUCUGUAUUGCGGCGAUGGCAAGUGGUAUCGGAGGGGUUGUACAACGACAGCUGGGCCAACAAGCGGCCACGGGCGUUAUGUGUGGUGUUUUACUCAUCCUUUCUGUUCUUCUCAUUUGCGUGCUCGCGCGUUUCCAAGACGUACAAAUCAUCCCGGAUUCGAAAACGAGCGAGUUGGAACGCUAUCAGGCGAUGAAGAGGGAGCAAUUUAUUCAAGGAAAUACUGGGAAUGAUGCGGAAGACGAUUGGAAGCCGAUCAUUAUUGGGAAUCCGACACAUAUCAUGCGCAGGAUGAGUGUGCUAGAGUUGGGGAGUAUGACAAGAUGGAGUGAGAUUCGGAAGAAAAAUCGAUUGGUGGACGAAAAGAGUUUGGAGGCCCGGCAUGCAAAUUUGAAUACGUUAGUGCAGGUGGAGAAAAAAUUGAAGGAGAAGAGGAAGCAUGUUGUUGAGACAAUGAGGAGGAGUUUAAGUAAUAGUAGGGAUGGUGGCGAUGAUGUUAGGGAGUAUAGUUAUGAGGAGAAGAUUGCCACUAGUAAAUUAGUGCCGGUUGGAGGGGGUGGUGAAUAUGGAGAUGAGAGGAUGGAUUUCAGAGAGGAUAGGAUGGGGAGGGUUAGGGGCAAUACUGGUAGGGAGAGUCGGGGCGGAGAGUUGAGGGAGAGGGUGGUCCAGGAGAAAGAAAUUACGACGACGCAGAGGAGUCGAGGAAUCUCGCAAGCUCAGGGACAGGAGCUUGGCCUGAAGGAUCUAGGUGGCUUGAGUGAAAUUGAUCUAGGGGUUCCUGAGGGGGGAGCUGCUACAAUGGAUAGGAUGGAGGAGGAACAGGAAUUGGGUGGGAGGAGUAGAGGGAGUAGGGGGGCGAAGAAUGGGGAGAGGGAAAAGGAGAGAGAGGGGUAUGAUCCGAGGUUGAGGAGGGGCACGGUGGCGCUUAGUAGGGGAGAGGUUGUUGGGGAGUUGAUGAAGUGA